AUGAUGAACUCGACCGAGGAUAUUGCAACGCAUUCAGAGCAACCAAAACUUGAUCUAAUUUCAACGUCCGAUAACAUACCCCAAGUCACGAUAGAGACUAUUAGUAGUCUACCAAAUUCUGACACAAACAACAAACUCUCAGGUAAUGUCGAUGCAGGCAACAAACUCUCGGAAGAUCUUCCAAAAGAAAGAAAAGUUCUAAGUUUAAUUGCGGAUCCAAGUUCUUAUUAUGAAAUGGGGCAAUGGGGGGCGUUCGGGAGGGAUGGUAAAUUGGGAUUUGGUGGGAUCACAACCCCAAGGAGAACGAUGUCAUUGACUUACAAGAAGCAAAAUUCAAGUUACGUCGACUCUGGUCCUGCAUUGUUCACCAGUGAACUUACCCGUGGUUUGGCCAAAGAAAACCAUCUAAAUGCGGAUGAUACGCUUCAAGAAUCACGAAUCCAUCAACCACUCGUUGAUGAAAUUUCUCAUGAACCAACGACCCUUAGCCCACCUUCACCUUUGCAAUCAAUUUAUACAAAAGACGUGUCAGACACUUCCGGUGUGAGAAAAUUCUUUCACCAUAACAGAGCUCAUUCUUACACACCUAACGCGAGCGGUGCAUCGUUCCCCUUGGAGAUUCCUAAGCGUCCGAUAUCCUCAAACUCUGGAACACGCCUUUUUGUCUCCACACCUGCUAACGAAGACGAUUGGAAAGAUUUCUUGGAUGGCUAUGCCCAAGGAAAUUUCGAUCCUCUGUCGAUUCCAAAAAAACCGCGACGACUGUCAGGCAAAAAACAUAAGGACGGCAGUUACAAAUGUAGUGUACCGACUUCACCACUUUCUGAAUACACUGUUUGUAGCGAUACAAGUGAAAAUUAUAUUAUUCCGGGAUUAACUAUGGUCAAGGAGGAAAAAGAAUUUACACAUUCUCCGAAGGAUAUUAUUGGUGUUCAAGUUAAUGAUAAGUAUUCUGUUGGUUGUGAUUAUAAUGAUAAUGAUAGUGAUAAUGAUAAUAGUAAUCAAAAUGGCCGAACGCAGGAGAGCUUUGACAUGAAUUUUACUCGCCUAGUUGGACUGGUCAAAGAACAUUUUAAGGUUCCCACCACCUUGAUUUCUCUUGUAAACACCACUCAUCAAUGGUUCAAGGCUGUAGAUGGUUUUGGUUACUCGGAAACUCCGCGGGAAGUUAGUUUUUGUGGUCACGCCAUCUUGCAAAAAGAUGGUGAACCACUCGUGGUUUCUGAUGCGUUGAAUGAUUGGCGGUUUAAGAAAAAUCCUCUUGUCACCAAUUCACCUUUCAUCAGAUUCUACGCUGGUGCUCCCCUGCGGACUAAAGAUGGUCACAAUGUUGGUACCGUGUGUUUAAUAGACCAUAAACCAAGAUACGAUUUCGGCCUAUCAGAUCGUAAACAGUUGCAAGAUUUUGCCAGAGUGGUCAUGCGAGAAUUGGAACUUUGGGCUGAUCGGUUAAGAUUGAGAGUGAGAAAUAAGAUGCAACAAAGCAUUGCAGAGUUCAGCAAAUUCUGUCUUGAAACCCAGCUCGCACAUGAGAAUAACUCUACAAAACGAAGAGAAUCGACGUGGGUCGGUGAUCACAGCAAAAAUGGUGACCCGGUUAUGCAACAAUAUUUUGAUAAGGCGGUGACAUUGAUCCGCGAAACGUUGGAAGUUGACGCAUUGUAUGUUUUGGAAAUGCCCUCUUUGUCUUCUCGACCAAUCACCACCACCAGUCGACCAUCAAACAAUGAUUUUUCGGACUUCCUUUUAAGUAGUCCACCGCCUGAACCCCCGACAAAACGUCUGAGGUUUUUGGCAUCAUAUGGACUCAUGAUUUCCCCAGAUGCGAUUAACACGCUCAAGACCACUUCGUUCUUGACACACCUAAUGCAGAUGCAUUCUCAGGGUUACAUAUUUCAAAAUGCCCUUCCUCCAAUACCCACACUUUUUCCCAGUGAUAUGCACUCAGGCAUAGUGGUUCCCAUCUUUGAUAAUUCUAAAAAUGCUUUUGGAUUCCUUAUUGUGCUCACUAAAGAUCCUCACCGGCAGUUCGAAGAAGAAGAGCGUGUCUAUCUGGGAAAUUUUGGGGUAAACAUGGUUAGCGAGGUGUUGAAGAGGCGUGUCAUUGUGGCUGAUCGGGCAAAAAGCGCGUUUAUUAGUUCUAUUUCACAUGAAUUGAGAACACCUUUGCACGGUAUAUUAGCCAGCUGCGAGUUAAUGGCGGAAAAUCCUAUGAACGAGGCACAAUUGGAAUUGCUCAAGACCAUUAAAGGAUGCGGCGCUAGUCUGAUCUCGAUACUCAAUAAUGUACUGGAUUAUGCAAAAUUAGAAAGUUCACAAGAACAGGAUGCUGCCAUACGUUACUCACAGUCGUCACCGAGUGGUGAUGGCAAUCUUUCUAAGGACUUUAAAGACACAGGGAAAUCGUUAUUACAACGUAACGCCAGGCUAAAAGAAAAAAUAAAUUUGGUCAAAGUUUUAGAAGAUGUUGCUGAAUCUUGUGUGGCUGGUCAACAAAUGGUUUCAGCUAUCUACGGAAAAAAUGAUCAACAGCUUGACGCUGAAGAAAUUUCAACCACAGCUACGCAUUCGAGAAAGCGACGGGUUUGUGAUUUAUUGAGCACAAAUCGCAAACAGGUAGUUGGACAAAAUGACGUCGAGGUGAUCAUUGAUUGCGAAUAUAGAGAAAGAGGAUGGUGGGUGAUGUCUGAAGAUGGAGCUGUAAGGCAAAUGCUUAUGAAUAUCGUUGGAAAUGCCCUUAAAUUUACGCAAAGUGGUUACGUUCGGAUCUCACUUACAUGCGUGUCAUCCCCGAGCGAGGAAUCCGAACGAUUGCACGUACUUUUUACAAUAACCGAUACUG